CUGCCCCGCCCCGCUGCGAGGGGGGGGUGUCGGCGGCGCUGCUUCAUGUGGCGCCCCGCCAUGGCCCGCUACAGCCUCGGCGCCGCGCUGGACUGGCUGUACGGCGGCGUGGACCCCAGCUUUGAGGGCAACGGCGGCCCCGAGUGCGCCGCCUUUCUGUCCGGCCGCCAGCGCCUGCUGGAGAGCCUGGUCUUCCUCAGCCUGGGCGUAGCGGAGGCGCUGCUGGCCCUGCGGAGGAUUCGGCGCCUGCCCGGCAGGGAGGAGGAGGAAGAGCGGCUGCUGCAGCGGGCCCCGGUUCCGCACGAGAGCCUGGGCAAGAACCUGGUGCUGGCGGCCCUGGCUCUCACCUUCGGGGUGGAGGUGGGCUUCAAGUUCGCCACCAGGACCGUCAUCUACCUGCUUAACCCCUGCCACGUGGUGACCAUGAUGCAGAUUUUUCUCCUUGCCUGUCCUCCUUGUCGGCUUGCAAUGGUUCUCUUCAGGCUGCAGAUGCAUAUGUUAAAUGGCGCUCUCUUGGCACUGCUGUUCCCUGUGGUCAAUACACGUCUGCUUCCAUUUGAGAUGGAGAUUUAUUACAUCCAGCAUGUGAUGCUUUAUGUUGUGCCCAUCUAUCUUCUGCGGAAAGGAGGCAUAUACACUCCAGAGCCACUUUCCAAUUUCUGGUGGGCUCUCUUGUCUACUGGGCUUAUGUUUGUGUAUCAUUUUAGCAUUUUACAGAUCCUGGGACUGGUCACAGAAGUGAACUUGAACAACAUGCUAUGUCCAGCCAUCUCUGAUCCUUUCUAUGGGCCUUGGUAUCGAAUCUGGGCAUCUGGACAUCAGACUAUCAUGACUAUGGCUCAUGGGAAGCUUGUCAUCUUGUUGUUCCACAGUGCUGUCCCCAUCUUUAAAUAUAGUGUGGAUUUGCUUAGACUCCCAGCUAAGAAAAUAGACUGACAUUUCUCUCUGGAGAGUAGCACAUACAGGAAGGCGAGAUCUACAUUCUUACUGGAAAAGAAAGAGGAAAAUGAAAGGACAGUGUGUUUAAAUAUCCCCUUGUCCCCAUACAGUUUUUUUCCUUGUAGAGAUCUCUAUAAUAGUGUGAAGGUUUUCUUGCAGCAGCUCUGUUUCACUGCCUGUAGCCAAUGGCAAAAUUAGUGGCCUUAUUCUGGAAGAGGUCAGUAUUUUUCUUACACACUUUUUGCAGGUGACAAUGGAACCUCACUAUUCCCUGCUUCGCAAUGCCCCAAACGGGCAAAUCUGUCCAUCUUCCAAUACAGAGAGUGGUACUGCUACCUCGUUAAAGAUGUUGCCAUUUUUACUAAAUAUCCUUCAGUAUUUGUAUUGAUCACCUGAAGAAACAAAGCUAAAUUACAGUUGAACUGAAACAAACAUGGAUUGUUUCAAACUCAUCAUCCUGGCUUACAUUUUGUUUGUAUUUUGGAAGUUGGCUCUUUCUUGAAGCAACAUAUUGAAGCCUAGUCAAAAGGGUGACUUAGUGAGGUUCUAUUGUGUUUGUUUAGGCUGGUUGAAGAAUGGGGAACAAUAAGAAUAACUAGUUCCUUUUUUUUUUUUUAAUUGGACUACUUGAUUCUCAGCUACCCUGGGGUGGUGCUUGGCUGUUCAUCGCAUCUAACAGCUAUGGUGAUGCUUUGAUUAGUAUGAAUGAAAAAGCUCAAGGGGAAAUGAUUUCAAAAAAUAAA